AUGCCUUCUUUCUUUCUUUCUUUCUUUCUUUCUUUUUUCUUUCUUUCUUUCUUUCUUUCUUUCUUUUACAUGUUCCAUUUUCUCUUUCUACCUAGCAUUCCUUUCUUCUUUCUUUCUUUCUUUCUUUCUUUCUUUCUUUCUUUCUUUCUUUCUUUUACAUACAUAUCUUUUAAUUUGUUUCUAUUUUCCUCCUUUAAUUUUUCCUCCUGCGUGAUCUUUCCGUUCGAAAUCUUCCUGUUUUCCUUGAUCCGAUAUUCAUCUCUUCCCCACGCACUAUCCCCUCCCCCAACAUUUACUUCGAGAUGUCUUUCUGCUUACGCGAACCUACCAACUCGUUCAAUACACGCUCCCCGCCAUUUUCCCUUCGCCGACCCUGGACAAAACAUAGAUGGGGGGGGUUAUGUAAAAAGGAACUUUCUUCUCUCUCCUUUUCUUUCUCUAUCUUUACGUCUGUCUCUCUAUUUCCCAUUCUCUAUCUAUCUAUCUAUCUAUCUAUCUAUCUAUCUAUCUAUCUAUCCAUAUAUAUAUAUAUAUUUGUCACCUCUUCCCUGUGGCCAUCCAACAAAUCUUUCUCCCCCUGCUCACUCAGAUCCAAGCCCAGUGACUUCAGCAAAGACUCACUCGGAGCUUUCUUUCAUAGUGGCUUAA